AUGAGUGAAAUGUCAGCGGUGAAAUGGUCAAAGCAUUGCGCUCAAGAGGAUCUCCUCGCUUCCACACAGCCAAGAAAUAGAACCCCUCUGCAGAGGGACUCAUGUCUUGGCAAGCGUGGGCAUUAUAUUCGCCAUCUACUUCUGAUCGUGUUUAUUUUAGCAUUUGCUGUUGUUUCAAAGGACAUCUGGAGUUCCUACUUUCCUAGAGCUCUAUGGGAUUCUUUGCCUAGCCAGAACAACAUUUUUAUUCACGAUCCAGAGAAUUUUGAUUGGGAAACAGCAAAAUUAAGCUUUUAUCCUUGCUAUAGAUCAUUUGAAUGUGCGCGUCUCGAACUACCACUCGAUUGGAAUAACCAAUCGACCGAUUCGAGGCGUGUGGCAAUAGCAUUGAUCAAACUCCCAUCAAAGGUACACGCGAGUGAUCCACGAAAUGGUGGUUCUAUCAUUAUCAAUCCAGGUGGUCCAGGAGGCUCGGGUAUCAAUCUUGCCAGGAAUCAAGCACGUAAUCUACAGACCAUCGUAGACUCUCCCUCAAAUCCUGAUGAUACUAGUAACACCAAAGUCACUAGCAAGUAUUUUGAUAUUGUCUCGUUUGAUCCUCGGGGAACUGGUUUUACGACUCCUACUUUUAUAUGCUUUCCCGAUGCUGCUCAACGAAUGAAUUGGAAUAUCGCUUCAGACGCUGAAGGGAUGUUGGGGAGCUCCAGCACAGCCUUCAAACUUAUGUGGGCGAGAAAACACGCCCUUGCUGAUGCUUGCUAUACACGUAUGGGUGUUGAUGAGAAUGGAGAGGAUGCAUUAGGAGCACACAUGAAUACACCAGUCAUUGCAAUGGACAUGAAAGCGAUCGUGGAGGUCUUGUCUAAAUCAAGGGUAAAAUUGCCAAGCCGAGGUCAAGAAUACACUAAAUCAUCGCAGAUAGAAUCUGUAGAUAAGAUUCAGUACUGGGGUUUCUCGUAUGGAACCUUGCUAGGCACGACCUUUGCAGCUAUGUAUCCGGAUCUUGUUGGCCGAAUGGUUCUUGAUGGUGUGGUUGAUGCCGAUCGCCAUUACGCUGGUAAAUUCCUCCUCCUUAUAUUCAAAUUUCUAUUCGACUCUGCUAACCAAAAAGGCACCUGGGAUGGGAAUCUCGAAGAUGCAGACGCCAUCAUAAAAAAGUUUUCUGAGUACUGUUUUGAAGCAGGUCCUGAACGCUGUGCUCUUUACUCCAACAGAGGCCCAGAACAUAUUCAUGAUAUUUUAGACGAUAUUAUCACUUCUGUCACAGAUGCUCCCGUUCCAGUAUCUAUCUCUGACGUACGUGGACCCGAGCUCAUCACGAGUAGCGAUGUGAAAGGUGCAGUUCGAUUAGCCUUGUACUCACCAUUCGAAGAAUUUGAGAGACUGGCAAGCAUUUUGUAUGAAGUCUCCCAAAGAAACGGAACACUUCUUGCAAAUUCCAAGUCAAUUGAAUAUCCAUGGCAGGAUCUUACACCAAGAUGUCGUUUGAGUGAUCCAUACUCCAUAAAUUGCUUCUCGCCGCCUAUCGACUAUGCCGAGGAGGUUGUUGGAGCCAUCUCGUGCUCUGAUGGGCCCGAUCAAACCAAUAUGACUGCCACUGAUUACCUGAAAUAUUGGCAGCGAGUAAGGAAGGAGAGCAUCUAUUUGGGCGAUCGUUGGGCAAAAAACCGGAUGUUGUGCGCUUUUUGGAAGCUCAGACCAAAACUUAUAUUUCCAGGUCCCGUUGGAGGCUCAACUUCAGAACCAAUUCUAUUUGUCUCGAACACCCUGGAUCCUGUCACAUCUCUUACGAACAGUGGUCGAAAUAUGAGUAAAAGAUUCAAUGGAUCGAGGCUUUUACAGCAAGAUUCGGAAGGUCAUUUAUUCGUCUCGACGCCUUCGAUCUGCAGCGCUAGGGUUGUGAGGCAAUAUUUUCAAACAGGUGCACUUCCGGAAGUUGGAACAAUAUGCCCCGUGUACGAUAGAGCAUUUGGCUUAUCUGGCGAGGGACGUUCAACUACCAUGAAAUAUGGCGAUGAAAUUUUGCUUGAGGCUUUGAGGGCUAUAGCCAAUAGUAUGUGGUGA